AUGGAUACACCUUAUGCUGAUAAUAAAAUGACUAAGGUUGAGGUGAAAGUGCCUGAUGUUGUGUUGAAUGAGACUACAGAUGAGGUGAAUGAGACUGAAGAUGAGGUGAAUAAGAUUGAAUGUAGGGUGACAGAGCAUGUGACUAAGGCUGAAGGGAAUGAAGCUAAGGUGAAUAAGUUUGAAGGAAUGAUAAGAGACAUGGUUGAAUUUGGAUAUCCACAACCUGAAAUUGAGUUAACUAUGCAAAAGUUAGUAGGGAAAGACAUAAGAUGA